GUACCUACCUGCAGCAUUAGUUCUAGCUGGGUACAUUAGGUACGUUUUACAAGGGAUUACUGCCAAAAUCUACCAAAGCUUUACGUUUAGAGCUCCAUCUCGUCACUUUCAACAUUUCACCAUUUCCAAUCAUCACAUUCUUCUCCUCGUCGCAACAUUUCCACAACUACCAAACUACUAAUCUAAACUACCUUCGUUGAUCAAACAGUAUUCUUCUUUUUUAAAAGUCUGGUCUAGCAUUCCCUAGCGCCUUUUACAUUAUCCAUUCGCCCAUCUACUAUGUCGAGUUCCCAAAAUCUGGAGAGCGUCGAGAGACGCGGCUCCGAUGAUGGUAGAGACAAGAAGGAUGGCGGACGAGGCGACGAUGGCGCAAACGGUGGCAACAACGUUAACCGCGAUGGUGACACCGUAAUGAAGGAUGAAGAGCCCGAGCAAGAGGAGAUCUUAGACGAAGAAACCCUCGGCCUCACCACAGAAGAUCUAAAAACACGAAAACGCCUCCUCGAGAAUGACGCAAGAAUCAUGAAGAGCGAAUUUCAAAGGUUAUCACAUGAGAAGGCGACUAUGGGCGAAAGGAUUAAGGAAAACAACGAAAAGAUCGCUAACAAUCGACAAUUACCUUAUCUUGUUGGUAACGUCGUUGAACUUCUCGAUCUAGACCCUACCGCCGAAUCCUCCGAAGAAGGCGCCAACAUCGAUCUCGAUGCUACAAGAGUAGGCAAAUCCGCCGUCAUCAAGACAUCAACUCGACAAACUAUCUUUUUGCCCUUGAUUGGUCUUGUCGACCCGGAAACCCUAAAGCCCGGCGACCUUAUUGGUGUCAACAAGGAUUCUUACCUAAUCCUCGAUACAUUACCCGCCGAAUAUGACAGCCGUGUCAAAGCUAUGGAGGUUGACGAGAAGCCUACCGAGAAGUACAGCGAUGUUGGUGGCUUAGAUAAGCAAAUAGAAGAACUCGUCGAAGCGAUAGUCUGGCCCAUGAAGGAGGCUGAACGGUUCAAGAAGAUUGGUAUCAAGGCGCCUAAAGGUGCUCUUAUGUACGGACCUCCGGGUACAGGCAAAACCCUUCUAGCUCGAGCUUGCGCCGCCCAAACCGAUGCCACGUUCCUCAAACUAGCCGGUCCACAAUUGGUCCAAAUGUUCAUAGGUGAUGGUGCCAAAUUAGUUCGGGACUGCUUCGCGUUAGCUAAGGAGAAGGCCCCUGCUAUCAUCUUCAUCGACGAACUUGAUGCCGUUGGUACCAAGCGUUUCGACAGCGAAAAGAGUGGUGACAGGGAGGUACAACGAACAAUGUUGGAGUUGCUUAACCAGCUGGAUGGUUUCGCAUCGGAUGAUCGUAUCAAAGUCCUGGCCGCCACGAAUCGUGUCGAUGUUCUUGAUCCUGCUCUCCUGCGAUCAGGACGUCUAGAUCGAAAGAUAGAAUUUCCUCUACCAAACGAGGAGGCCAGAGCCCAGAUUCUCAAGAUUCACUCACGCAAGAUGAAGGUCGACACGAGCGUCAACUGGGGUGAAUUAGCUCGAAGUACGGACGAAUUUGGUGGUGCCAUGCUGAAGGCAGUCUGUGUCGAAGCUGGUAUGAUUGCUUUACGAAUGGGCAAGAACAAGAUCAGCCACGAACAUUACGUAGACGCGAUCGCUGAAGUGCAAGCCAAGAAGAAGGAGACCGUCAACUUCUACGCGUAAUUAUUCAUUCGGAGCGAUAGGCAAUCAUGGGAUAGAGAUUGCCUCAGUGGGCUAGGGAAGGCUUGUAAUAUAAUUUGGCACACAACCGGAAUCGAGCACAAUUUGCCAAUUUUCAGCUUCUGGUGCCUGAUGUGGGAGCUAUCGCCGAAGUCCUCAACUUCCGGGAAAUACGGCGAUACACCUCCCAAGUAUUCAACCAUCACGUUUUCCCAGUAUCCCUGUACUUUAAUCCAUCUAGAAAUCCGCCCCGACAUCCAUCCAUACGCUGAGAAAAGCUGCUAGAUAGGUAGCCCAAGGCGCAAACUCAUCGCCCACGGGGUGUAGCUAAACAAAUUAGAUCUCACAUUAGUGACAUAGGAGCCCUACCUUAUCACCGACACAUUUCAUGUGCCUCUCCCCCAUCAGAGCGGUUAUGAACAUUCAUCUGUUUGAAGUGUAGAUGAGUAGGUCCUAACAGUAAAUAUCGUUCAAAUUCAUCGAACGAAUUCUGAAGAUGAGAAUAGUGAAGUGGGAACAAUUCCACUAAUAUAACUUAUAAUAAGUCAUUUUCCUCAAUUAUCGUUCUACUCGCUUGGAU